AUGUCAGGAGCCUCGCUAACCUACUUACAGUCAGAAGGCGCUGGCCGGAAGACUGGAAUGGAUGUGGAUCACAGCAAUGAAGAAUAUAUGGAAGCGCCCCUGUUUCACGGUUCAGCUGGCGAUAGAGUCACGCCUGAAUACACGGAGUUUUCAAACCCUCUUUACCUGUUAAAGACAAGCCUGGAAGACCGUGUUAGCGUUCUGUUGCAAAAUAACUCGUCCAUAACUGGACUUUUGGCGAGCUUUGAUGAACAUAUGAAUCUUAUUUUAAUUAACGCAGAAGAGACCGGACACUCACUCAACCGCUUCUUUCCUUUGCUGGUCAUCCGGGGAGAUAGUAUUAUUUUUGUGACACGCAGGCGAUUUACCAGUAUUACCUAG